GCAGGGUUGGCAGUGGCUGUAUUCGAUUAGGGUUAAUAGAAAUAAUACAAAUAUGUUAAACAAGGAAGUAUGAUUAACUACAACGUGCCUUCAUUACUUCCUCAAUUGCACAGUCUGAAUUAAAGCUGUUAAAAAUGCUGGCUUAACUUCCUUGUAUGACUAAACAAAUAAUCAAGUAAAACUUUCACACACUGCUCUGACAGUGCUUUCGGCAACAGAAGCUAGCAGCAAGAGACACUGAACAGACCUGGCUGCUACUGUGCUGUUUUUGUCUGAAUACUGUGUGGGGUAUGACAGAGAAUGCCUUUUACACGGUUGUAUUGGAGGCUGUCAAUUUUCCAAAACUGAUACAGUCACUGUGGAAACUGUGACCAGAUGAGAUAAAAAGUAUAGAGCGAGGGUUCCCCCUUGGCAAAUCCUCGACAAAGACUUAAAAGGUGUCACUGAGGAGACACACACACGCACAGGCUGCAGAGGUAGAAGCAGGCACACACGACAAACCUGAGAACAUGAGCAGGCACCAGAGCAAAGUAGAGCGUUUCCUCAAACUGGGCUACUCCGAGAAAGACAUUGUGAGGGUGCUGGAGAGCCUCCGACAGGAUGCCUUGACCAAUGACAUCUUGGAGGAGCUGAUUAAAACGGGCCAAAAGGCUGAGGUAGAGCAACCGAGGAGCUCCAGCCCACAGCUUGUGCCCAGAGGUUGCAGCCCCCAAGAACCUGUGAAGCUGAGACCACUGGCAGAAGAGGAGGACAGUGAUCACUGCAGUGUCCUGCGGCCCAUCGUCAUUGACGGCAGCAAUGUUGCCAUGAGUCAUGGAAACAAACAGGUGUUUUCAUGCCACGGGAUCCAGCUGGCAGUGCUGUGGUUCUGGGAAAGAGGCCACCGGGAUAUCACGGUGUUUGUCCCCUCCUGGAGGAAGGAGCAGCCCAGACCAGAGACUCCCAUUACAGACCAGAAUAUACUCCAUGAGCUAGAAAAGAGAAAGAUACUUGUGUACACCCCGUCUCGCCGCGUCAAGGGGAAGAGAGUGGUGUGCUAUGACGACCGCUACAUUGUGAAACUGGCCUACGAGUCAGAUGGGAUAAUCGUAUCAAAUGAUAACUACCGCGACCUGCAGAGCGAGAAACAAGACUGGAAAAGAUUUAUCGAAGGCAGGCUUCUGAUGUACUCUUUUGUAAAUGACAAGUUUAUGCCUCCAGAUGAUCCUUUGGGUAGGAGUGGACCCCACAUUGAAAACUUUUUGAGGAAGACACCUAACAUUCCUGAACACAAAUGGCAGCAUUGUCCAUAUGGAAAGAAGUGUACAUACGGCGUGAAGUGCAAGUUCUACCAUCCCGAAAGAUCCAAUCAGUCACACAUGUCACUUGCUGAUGAACUCCGAGCCAAAACAAAGUCAACUUCACCCAAACCCUUUAAAGAAGAUGAGCAGCCUCUUAACGUCAGAGCAACGUCUGCUAAUCAGGUUGCGGUUGCAUUUAACAUUGCUGCUUCUUACGGACAGGAUGCCAAAGUGUCUGUUUGCAACGGCCUUCAUUCAGCUGCGCCCUUGAGUCACGAAGGAGUCCUCCACAGGUAUUCACCCAAUCAUUUGAUAGACAGUCAAAAACAAAGUGCAAGUCCCUCCUAUUUUCAGUAUUCUACUGCCUUCCAAAAUCCAGGGCGCGAUGAAGGAUUUGAGUCCAUGGAAGUCAAGUUUUCCACUAUGUUCGUUCAGGGGAAGCCAUACAAACAGGGUAACUUCUGUUCCACCGAGUACGACAGGGCCUCAUGCUCAGACUGGUGCGACAGCCCAAGCCAUUGUAUAAUGGACUGUGCUCGUUCACACAGGUGCAGCCCCACUGGAAUUGCUCCAAAGCCUUGUUUCUGCUACAGGAACCCCCCACAGAAAACACCUCAGAGCUGCGGUAGCCAGCCACAGGUGCCAGGAAGUCCAACACUAAGCCCUGGUUUAUAUGCUAACUUUCUCCCCAUGCACAAUUCUGAAAUCCACAAACAAAAGUCCUGUGAUUUAACAGCACCUCCAAGCAACCAGGCUCCACUCGCAGUACAAGAACAGCAGCAACAUCAUUAUCAUUUUAACCAGCAGAAGUAUUCUUCACUCGGUCACAGCGCCACCCUAAACAACAGCUGGGGAAAUGGACAGAUGGGGUCUCCAGCAGCAAACCAGGCUUACACUUUCUCUUCAGAGCAGAGAUUUUCACUCACUGAACAGAAAAAGUAUGUCCGAAGCCAGUUAUGUGCCAUCUUUCCACAGGGAGUAGUGGAUCAGGUCAUGUCUUUGUACCCAAAUGUUUUAGACAGAACACAUCUCAUCUCAUUAAUCUACCAAUUUAAAAGUAAUCACACCCGUUUUUAAAAUCCAUAGUAUGUUUUAGCUGUAAAACAAGCAAUCCAGGGUACCAUGCACAGUUAAUUGUUGAUAUUACUGUGACAAUACAAACCAAUUGCACUGCUGUGGAAAUUUCAUUGAUGAGUAACUGGACUAUAAAUCUUGCAGUCUGUAUUGCUAGCAGAAGUUACCUCACAGUGAGGUGUUUACACGAACUUAAGCUGAGCAAUGAAUAUAAAACAUCAUCAAUGGUGCUGUUAAAUAUCAGCUUGUUUCAUGAUUUGAAUAUAGUUACCUUGGUGUUGGUAUGUAAGUAUGUAAUAAAAUGCAAGGAUGUAGAAAUAAUUCUGAAGGAUAUAAUGUUAACUCAUGUUAUGAAUUUGGACGGUAAGAACAUCAAGCAUUAGUUUUGCUGAAAACAACAAUGCGAAACAACUCUGUGUGACAUUAAAGGAAUGCAUCUGUAUUUGCCACAUCUUAAAAGUAAGAUACCAAUACAGGUAUCACGUGUAUACAAAGUGAUAAACAACUGAUUAAAGUUGUUUUUUGUUGUUUUUUUUUUUUAA